CGACGUCCCCUCCCUCUCUCAAGACUUUUAAAACGAAGAGCAAAAGGGAGACUUUGAAUUCGAAUAACCAUACUUGCUUUGUUCGUUUUUUGUGAUUCAACCCGUUAGGUUUCGGUCUGUCCUUCUCUCUAGUCUCUUCCAUGUUCCAUCCAUUCCGAUCUGAAACAAAAGGAAAGGGAAAAAGUCGCAUAAACGAAACCGCUGCGAAGUUUCCGUGAGUCGCUUCAAGAGUUGAGACGAAGCCGAACACCUGUAAAAGUAAAACCUCUCCUGGUUUUUCUUCCUCCUUUAAUUCUCUGUAUCCUUAAAUCUGGAUUGCCACUUCGUCAAAUGCUCUUGGGAUUGGGGACACAUAAUUUGAAUCUUUCUGGUGUGAAGAUUCGAUUCUUGAACUGUAGGGCUAGGGUUUGAGAGGUUUUGGGAGAACUAGUGCUUUCCCAUGGUAUGUCGUGAUGUUGACUUCGAACUCCAAUUUGUUGGAAGAUCUUCUCCCUGCUGGCGAUGAUUUUGCCGGUGAUGACUCGGACAGUUUCUCAAUUGAUAUCGAUCAAUUAUUUGCAAUUCUUGGAGAGAGUUCUGAUCCCUUGCUCGACUCCUCGCAGAAUAGUUCAGAAGAUUUAUUGUGUAAGAAUGUAUACCAAGGUGAGUCAAAUUCUGUUGCAGUCAAACAUGAGCAGGCCUCCCAUCCUCAAAAUGGUACCCAAGCGUCUGAGGGGGCCCCUUUAAGAUGCUAUCCUUCACCCUAUUCAGGGCCUUUAGAUUCCAGGCCUGGGAUGGAGUCAGAACACUUUUUUGAGUCACCAGGAAAUUCUUGUGUCGCAUUUGAUCAUGGAAAACUGGAAACUACGCUUCAGGUUGGCUCUCCUGCACAUAACUGUUCUUUGAGUCUUCCAGACUGGUUACCGGUUCCACUUUCAGAAUGUGAAACCUACUCUAUGGAGAAGAUUGGGGUUUCUUUAAAUGCUCUGGUACAUAACAGCAUUAAUAAUACAGAAGUUGCAAACCAGAUAGCGAAUUGUAGCACUCGAUUUAACUUUUCUGCUGGUGAUGGUUACUGCAUUCCUGAUUGUAAGCACCUUGUGAAUCUUGCUCCCAUGAAGCCUGAAUUUGAGAACGAGUUAAAGCUUGAGGGAGGAGAUCUUCAUUCCAACUGUACUUCACAUCCCAUGAUGGUAGACAAAUUGGGUUUGAACUUUUCAGAGUUUAGUUCUAUGUGUGGGAAUAGCAUAGCAGAAUUUGAAGAACCAGAAAGAAAUCUAUGCACAUUUCCUCUGGAGGUAUCCUUCAUGGAUGACACAUCUUUGCCAAAUGAACUUCAUACUGAAAUCAACAGCAGUCAGGUUUCUGACAAAAUAAGUCCAGCUAGUUAUCAUUGUACGACAACACCCUUCUGUACAGACUCAAACACUGGUGUUAAUAAUGUUGCUGCUUUUGUUGACACCUCAAGGCAGUUCAUACCUGACUCUCUUAAUCUGCCAUUUAUGUCGAGCAAUGGAGAGAAGACAAGUCACAUAAAGAAUGAACCAGAGGAGCACAGGCUUCCAAUCCUUGAUAUAUGCCGAAGUAGUGAGGAAAAUUCGGGAACACAGGAAGGAACAACCAAUGUUUCUGUUUCAACAGUACCAUUGAUGGAUUUGGCUGAUAUAAAUAGCUGCCAGGUUAAAUGUGAAGUUAGUAUGUAUUCAUUCAUUUCAAGUGAGAAGAAAGAUGUUCAUGUAAAGGAUGAAAAGGACGAUAAGGUGCCAGUAUCUAAGACCAUGGGUUAUUCUGCAGAAGUAAUUGAUGUUGCUGCUAGUGGAUAUCCUUCCCCAGUUGGUAUAGAUUCUGCCACUAGAAUUGACAGUGGACCUUUUCUUGGUCAUGCCUCAAGGGAAUUUGUUUCUGGCAGUCAGUUGUUAUCCUCGAAUAAGAAUCAAACAGUAUGCAUAAAGGAAGAAAGAAAUGCGAAAGCACUUCCAUCUGGGAUCUUGAGUUGUCAUUCUCUAAAACUCAGUAGUGAAGCUAUUCAUAAUAAUCCCUCAGGGUGUAGGAUGCAUCUCGAUGAUGAUGAUGACGCUGAUAUAUGCAUACUUGAAGACAUCAGUGCCCCUGUAUGUCCACUUCCAUCAACAGCACAUGGAAAGUCCCUUGUUACUUCACAACGUUCAACCUAUUAUGACCCUCGUCAUCAUACAGGAACUGGGAGCAUGAGGCUGAAGGCAAAUGAUGAAAGAUUAACAUUUCAGGUUGCAUUGCAGGAUCUUGCUCAGCCAAAGUCAGAAGCUAGUCCACCCGAUGGUGUUUUAGCAGUUCCCCUCUUGAGGCAUCAGAGAAUUGCUUUGUCUUGGAUGGUGCAAAAAGAGACAGCUAGCUUACACUGCUCUGGAGGAAUCCUUGCUGAUGAUCAGGGAUUGGGAAAAACGGUAUCCACAAUUGCACUUAUACUUAAGGAAAGAUCUCCAGCCUCCAAAUUUAGUUCUGUGCCUAUGAAACAAGGAGAUUCAGAAGCUUUGAACUUGGAUGGAGAUGAUGAUGGGGUUCUUCAGCUCGAUGGAAUGAAGCAAGAUGGAGAACCUGGUUGUGGUACAGUGAAUAGGACAGCCAAGAGUGAGAAUUCUUAUGCAUUACUGAAGGGGCGGCCCUCUGCUGGGACGCUGGUUGUAUGUCCUACGAGUGUCCUUCGGCAGUGGGCUGAGGAACUGCAUAAUAAGGUCACGACCAAAGCUAAUCUUUCUACUCUAGUAUACCAUGGAACCAAUAGAACAAAAGAUCCUUACGAACUGGCCAAGUAUGAUGUUGUGCUUACAACAUAUUCCAUUGUAAGCAUGGAGGUUCCAAAGCAGCUUCUUAUGGAUAAAGAUGAUGAUGAGAAAGGAAAAGAUGAAACUCAUGGUAUGCCACAUAUGGGACUGUCUAGUAAAAAGCGGAAAUAUCCUCCAAGUUCUGAUAAAAAAGGUCCGAAGCAUAAGAAAGGAGCUGAUGGUGUGUUGCUUGAAUCUGUUUCUCGCCCACUUGCACGGGUUGGAUGGUUUAGGGUAGUGUUGGAUGAAGCCCAGAGCAUUAAGAAUUACAGAACUCAAGUGGCAAGAGCCUGCUGGGGACUUCGAGCUAAAAGGAGGUGGUGCUUGUCAGGGACACCUAUCCAGAAUGCUAUUGAUGAUCUCUAUAGUUACUUCAGAUUCCUCAGAUAUGAUCCAUAUGCUGUCUAUAAAUCAUUCUGCUCCAUGAUAAAGGUACCAGUCACCAAGCAUCCAACAACUGGCUACAAGAAGCUGCAAGCUGUCCUUAAAACAAUAAUGCUACGUCGUACAAAAGCCACACUUCUUGAUGGGCAACCAAUUAUUACCUUGCCCCCAAAAUCAAUAGAAUUAAAGAAGGUGGAUUUCUCUACGGAGGAACGAGAAUUUUACUCCAAACUUGAGGCUGAUUCACGUGCACAAUUUGAGGUUUAUGCAGCUGCUGGGACUGUUAAACAAAAUUAUGUUAACAUUUUGUUGAUGCUCUUGCGUCUUCGUCAAGCUUGCGAUCACCCUCUUCUUGUUAAGGGAUAUGAUUCUAGUUCCAUUUGGAAAUCCUCUGUAGAGGUGGCUAAGAAACUUCCUAGGGAGAAGCAUAUGGAUCUUUUGAAUUGUUUGGAAGCUUGUUUGGCAAUCUGUGGCUUCUGCAAUGACCCACCUGAAGAUGCUGUUGUCACGAUAUGUGGCCAUGUUUUCUGCAGUCAAUGUAUCAGUGAUCAUCUGACAGGCGAUGAUAACCUGUGCCCUGCAGCACACUGCAAAGUCCAACUCACUGUAACAUCGGUGUUCUCCAGAGCCACAUUAAGAAAUUCUAUCUGUGACAAAGUUGGUCAGGAAUUUUUCCCAGAAAAUUCUGGCUCACCUGCUGAGAAAUUUGAGCCAUCUUCAGAGGGCCUGUCCAAUUCUUCAAAAAUUAAAGCUGCUCUAGAGGUCCUACAAUCACUAUCAAAACCAUGGAGUUGUACCUCAAAAGAUGAACCGUUGAAGUCAAGUAAUGUUACCAGCUAUCCAGAAGGUAUACCCGAUGUUCAUUCAGGUGAGUCGUUUGAGGAUAUGACUGACAGAAGAAAUAUCGAUGUGGAGAAAGAUCGAAACAAUUCACAUAUGAAAGAAGCAGAAAAAGCGAUUGUCUUCUCCCAGUGGACGAGAAUGCUGGAUUUGCUUGAAGCUCGGCUUAAAAGUUCUUCUAUACAAUAUAGGAGGCUCGAUGGGACGAUGUCUGUUGUUGCUAGAGAUAAAGCUGUGAAGGAUUUUAACUCCCUUCCAGAGGUGUCUGUUAUAAUUAUGUCUUUGAAAGCUGCGAGUCUUGGACUGAACAUGGUCGCUGCCUGUCAUGUUCUUCUUCUGGACCUAUGGUGGAAUCCUACAACAGAAGAUCAAGCAAUUGAUAGAGCACAUCGAAUUGGACAGACUCGUCCUGUUACAGUUUUGCGUUUAACUGUGAAAGACACGGUUGAAGAUCGCAUUUUAGCCCUUCAGCAAAAGAAGAGAGAGAUGGUAGCAUCUGCAUUUGGGGAGGAUGAGACUGGUAGUCACCAGACUCGCCUUACCGUGGACGACUUGAAAUACCUGUUUAUGGUGUGAUACUGAUUUUUUUGGUCAACAGAGAUUUUGAAGAUAUUUGCUCACUAAUCAUUGUCUCAUUAGCUUAGAGAAAUCCCAGGCUGAGGGUUUCAGGAGGCAGUUCUAAAUUUUUGUAAAGAGGUUACACAGGAAUUGUUGGUUCCAGUAGAGCCCAAGGUGAUUGAAAGUCACCUUUUCAGGUGGAUUGAUGAGCUAGCAAGUAAAGUCAUCAUAUGUCAGUAAAGUUUAGGCAACAUUUAGGAACUAACAUAGAACAUUGAUUGUUGACCAGCUGAUCUUGUGAAUAGAUUCAAUGAGUCUGCAGUGUUUUCCUUUUUUCC